AUGGCAGAAGCUCCGAAGCCAGAUGGGAGCGCUCCAGCAGCUGCAGCGAACGCUGCUCCCAAGGCUGCGGAGCGCAAUCCAGCGUUCAAGAUGAUGGGACUGCCGAACCUCAAGUGGAAGCUGCCGUCUCGGAAUUGGAUGAUCUUCCUGACCGUCACUGGAACAUGGACUGCCGCAGUAAUGUACGAUCGGCGAGAAAAGAAGAAGGCACAGAAGAAGUGGUGUGACCUCGUUGCGCAUAUAGCUCAGCAGCCGCUGCCAACAAAUCAGAUGGCACGGAGGAUAACAGUCUUCAUAUCAGCACCGCCCGGAGACGGCAUACGCACCUCGCGAGACUUCUUUAAGCAAUACGUUAAGCCCGUUCUCGUUGCUGCGGCUAUGGACUAUGAUGUGAUCGAAGGCCGGAAAGAGGGAGACGUCAGGUAUGGCACAGCAGAGCAGAUCCGGCGGAUACGGCGUAAAAGUGGUGAAGCCAACGAUAAGGAGGAAGAUACGGACGGCGUGAAAUUAGUGGAGGGCAUCAGGGAAAACCUGAACAUCACCAACGAGCCCGGCCCGCGUGGAGACUUGGUGCUGGGGCGACACACCUGGAAAGAAUACGUGCGCGGACUGCACGAAGGCUGGCUCGGACCGAUCAAUGAGCCCAUUGCACCACCUUCAACAUCAGCAGAACUACCACUCGUACACAAUAUUGGUGAAGUAGCCGAUGGCCAGCCUACUCUCAUUGAGCCAAUACCCUCGGACAAGCCGAGCGAGGGCCAGCUUGCAAAAGAAACGCCUACAGACGAAAAAUUUGCAGAAGAGAAACCAGAAGAGAAGCCAGAAGAGAAGCCAGAAGAGAAAAAGAAAGCCUAUCCACCAUCAUCCUACCUCCCAACCUCAUCCUACAGCUCAGCAACCCUCGCAGCAGCCACACCCGCCGUCUUCGAACCAUCACAACCCAUCCACCAGUACCACCUACUCGGCCUCCUACGAACACCCAUCCGCAUGUGGAACUUCCUCAACCAGCGCACUCUCGCCGACCGAAUAGGCCGGGACACUGCCGCCAUCGUCCUCGCCGCAUCACGUCCCUACGGUAGCAACGAUAGCAGCUCGCCAUUUACUCCCAGGGACGACCUUUCUCGUGCCCAGAGCAUCGGCACCGAAAUCCCGCCAUCACCAUCACAACCCUCCGAGCAGGCCUCUGCCCUCAUCGAAGACGAAGCGACCUGGCAUAAAUCCGUCAGGAAACCGCCCAAAGAAGGCGACGACUCCGAACGGAUAUGGAAUGCAGAUAUGGUCCUCGACGACCGGAUAGCGUCACGUAUGCGCAGAUUUGAGCUCGAUGCUGAGGAGGCUGCCCGUGCGGAGCGAAUAGGUCGUGGGCAGGAGAAAGGGAGAGCGUAUGAGGUGAUGGAUUUGCGGAAGGAGAAAGUGAAGUUCGAUCUGAAUCCUGAAGGUGAAUGA